UACAAUUUUUGUUCAAUUCUUAAUUUUAAGCCAUGGCACCUAAAGUUUUUCUCUUUUCCCUCUUCUUCUUAUUCUUUGCCCUCUUUUUGUGUAACACAACUAAAAGCCAGUCCAUGCCCAAAUUUACAUCAAUUCUUGUUUUUGGUGAUUCAACAGUUGACACUGGAAAUAAUAAUUAUAUAUUCACUUUAUUCAAAGGAAAUCAUAUACCUUAUGGAAAGGAUUAUUUUAACCAUGUCCCAACAGGUAGAUUUUCAAAUGGAAAACUUGUACCAGAUAUAGUGGCUAUGUUAUUAAAACUAAAAAAAUAUGGUGUGCCACCAUAUUUAAAUUCAAGUUUAUCAGAAAAUGAUUUUAGAAGUGGGGUUUGUUUUGCAUCAGGUGGAUCAGGAUACGAUGAUUUAACAACUUCAAUUUCAGGGGUAAUUUCAAUGAGAAAACAGUUAGAAUAUUUUGAGGAGUAUUUGGAGAAAUUGAGAGGUUUUUUUGGACAGAAAGAAAAAGAAAGAAUUGUGAAAGGUGCUUUGGUUAUUGUUAGUUCAGGAAGUAAUGAUUUUAUUUUUAAUUUCUAUGAUGUUCCAACAAGAAGGAUUGAGUUUAGCAUGAAAGAGUAUCAAGAUUUUCUUCUAGACAAGCUGCAAUAUUUUGUCAAGGAACUUUAUGAACUUGGAUGUCGUCAGAUUAUAGUGACUGGGCUUCCUCCAAUUGGUUGUCUUCCCAUUCAAAUGACAUUAAAAUCUCCACUUCAUAGAACUUGCAUUGAUAAAGAGAAUUCAGAUUCUCAAUCGUAUAAUAAAAAACUUGAAGAAUUGUUGCCACAUAUACAAGCACAACUUCCAGGAAGCAAAAUAUUUUAUGCAGAUAUCUACACUUCUUUAUCAGAUCUGAUCACUAAUCCACAUGAAUAUGGAUUUGAAGAAACAAAAAGAGGUUGUUGUGGAACUGGAUUAUUAGAAGCAGGGCCCUUGUGUACAAAAAAAUCUCCAGUGUAUUCAGAUGCUUCACAAUAUGUUUUCUUUGAUAGCAUUCAUCCCACUGAAUCAACUUAUUACCACAUUACUGAGUAUUUAGUGAAGGAGCUUCUCCCAAAAUUCUCAACCAUUGACAGUUUUUAAUUUGCUACCCAAAAUAAAAUUUGUAAAACUUUUAGGUGUCAUUUGGUUGCUCAUUAGGAAGAGAGUUAUUUACGUAUUAAAAUUAGUAUAGCUAUUUGGUAGCUUUUUAGUUGCUUUGAAUAAAAUUUAACAAAUCAAAUACGGUGUUUGGUUUGUCAU